AUGAGCAAGGUGAUGGACACGAUCAAGACGUACAUUGCCGAGUACAAGACCAGAAAUUCAGAAACACCAAUAUUGCUGGAUGAGAAACUCAGCAUGCCUCGAAUUGCCGACACUGCCAUGGACGUCAUGCCACGGUCUAGAGUGCUGCACGGAGGCAAGCUGGUAUCGACGUUCUCCAUGGCGGACAUGGGCGAGCUCAACUACUUCUCGGACGUGGCGUACGGCUCCAUCAUUGACGGCGCAGAAGACCGAGUCGAGGCGUUAGACGUCGCUGUCAUGCAGAAUCUGAAAGAAGUUGUCCGCGCCGAACUCGAAUGUCAAGUCUGCUAUGCAGUCAUGCUGGAUCCUCUGACCACGACUUGCGGUCACACAUUCUGCCGUCGUUGCGUGGCUAGAGUGUUGGACCAUGCCAAUUUGUGUCCCAUCUGUCGCCGACGGCUGCCAAUGGCUCCUGGUCUGCAGCAAGAAUCCAGCAAUAAGCGCAUCACCUACAUUAUCGAGGGCCUCCUGCCAGAUCUGCUCGCCGCACGGAAAUUGAUGAUGGCCGAGGAGGAUGCCAUCGAUGAAGAGUCGCACAUGCCAUUGUUCCCGUGUACACUGGCAUUUCCGAUGAUGCCGACCUUUCUGCACAUCUUCGAACCGAGAUAUCGACUUAUGAUCCGGCGCGCGAUUGAAGGCGGGUCGCGGAAAUUUGGCAUGCUCAUGUACAACCACCGUCAGGAACCACAAGGAGAGCUUGGUCCGGUUCACUUCAUGCAGUAUGGAACCGUUCUUUACGUCGAUCGCAUCGAGAUGCUGCCAGACGGCCGCAGCCUGAUUGAGACACGAGGCAUGUACCGGUUCAAGACUUUGCAAGCGGGCAUGACCGAUGGCUACCAUACUGGCCACAUCCAAAGAGUGGACGAUAUUCCCAUAGCAGAUGAGGAGGCUAUUGAAGCGCGCGAGACUACCCAAGUUUAUACGAACCCCGAAGAUCCAGCGACAAAGAUCAAGAAAAUGACGACGCAGCAGCUGUUGGAAUAUGGGCUCACAUUCACAGCUGGAGCACGAUCAAGAUCGGCACCAUGGCUUCACCAAAGAGUCUUGGCAGCAUACGGACAAGCCCCGAGCGAUCCCGCUUUGUUUCCGUACUGGUUCGCCAGCGUCCUCCCGAUCGCUGAGGAGGAGAAGUAUCAGCUACUUCCGGCGACGAGUGUGCGGCAACGUCUACAGAUCACGGCUCGGUGGAUACAACGCCUCGAGGCUCAACGAUGCUGGAACGGCAUACGGCGGAGCGAUUGGCUCAAGAACAAAGCCAAUCGCAAGAACCCCAGACUGAUCCCCAACCUGCAUCCGAGCCAGACGGGCGUACCUUGCGACCACCCACCUCAGACCCACCAGAUCCAGAUCCAGAAUCAGAUCCACCAGAACAAGAACAGAACUAACCACAGUCACGGCUGCAGCUACGCAGUAUGGCGGGACUCGCGACCCUCAGUGGAUAUAGAUCCCGGCUACGACGACGAUGACCCACCCCUCUUGAAGGCGCAUUCCAGUGUUCAAUCCUACACAACACCGUUCGCCAAGUACGAGGCAGUCAGAGUGUUCUACCGGCCACAUACGCACAAGGAUAAGCUCCAAGCGAUUGCUGACCUGCCGUUACUGGUGUUCAUUCAUGGACUGGGAGGGUCGCUAUCGCAAUUCGCCUCACUGCUGGGCAGCCUCGUGAACACCGGACCGUGCUUCGGACUGGAUGUGCCAGGACAUGGACUGUCAAAGUUCUCACCGCAAAACUUCGAGGCGUAUGAAACGAGCGCGCUUAAAGUCCUGUGGAGAACGGCCAUUGCACAAGCUUGUGCAGAGCACGGCCACAAGAGCGUAGUGCUUAUCGGGCACAGCUACGGCAGCUCUAUCGCUGCUCUGCUCGCUACGGACACCAAGUUCAAGGUCAAGGUGGACGGAAUCGUGGCGAUCUGUCCGAAAGCUACGCCGCCAUCACAGGCUGAUUGCAUGAAGGCUCGGCUAUUUUUAUCGUUACCAGACUCGUUCAUUGAUGGUUUCCGGUGGUACGACAAGCGAGGAGGAAUCGAUAGCAAGAGUGUGAUGCGCUUCGUAGGCCAAGACGCUGGUAUCGAUCUACGGAAGCUGCAACUAAAGUACAAUGCGGCUUCGAAGACGCCCGUGUGGAAGCGAAUGGCUACAGGGGCACUACCACAUUAUGAUGCCCGAGGGAAUGCAUUUGGCGGACUGCCCGGGAAAGAAACGUGGUCGAGAGUUCAUGUGCCGUUGUUUCUGAUUGCUGGCGAGGGAGACACAGUCACGAAACCUGCCGAGGUCACGAACAUUGCGUCGUUCCUGCACGUCAGAUCAUCAACGAAGCCCAUCGCAACAGGCAGCAAAGCCAUUCCUUCCGCCGACGCGGCUCCCUUCGGCGGAAACGAGGACAAAACAGCGUCAGAUACAGCGGCUGGCACGCUCCCAGACUCGACCACUACCAGUACAGGGUCCUCCUCUGUCCUCAAAGCCGCCACCCUACCCUUCCCAGCGGGUCACGCCCUCGUCUACGACCACCGCACAUAUCGCACUCUUGCCGGCCUGAUCGAAGACUUCCUCACCAGCCACAUCUCUCCUCACCUCUCCCUUGGCUGGCAGCUCCAACAAUUGACCACGACUGGCAAGUGGGACGUCAAGAAUCUCGAGAAGUGGCAGCGAACCCAGGCAGUCUCUGGACCCAUAGGACCUAACAAUUUGUUCCGAGCACUCAAGACCCUCCGCGAGCAAGACGAGUCGCACACGCCCAAGAAGUUUGUCGAGCAAUGGCGAGACAAGAUCUACGCUGUAGUGGACAUCUCCCACGAUGCGCCCAUCUACUCGACCCGCACCCUGGAAGAAGGCGGCAUCCAGUACCACAAAUUCCCCACUGUCUCUAAAAUCCCGCCAACAGCGGUGGAGGUGCGGGACUUCAUCGCCCUGAUCGACCGACUACGCACAGAAAUGAAAGACAAAGGAGAAGAAGCAAAAGGAAAGGCCAUAGCGGUGCACUGCCACUAUGGGUACAACCGUACAGGGUUCUUUGUUGCGGCGUACUUGAUUGAGAGGGAGGGGUAUGGGGUGCAGCGGGCGUUGGACGAGUUUAGAGAGGCGAAAGCUCCGGGAAUCAGGCAUGAUCAUUUUGUUGAUGCGCUGUGGGUGAGGUACACAGUCGGAUUGAGACGAGCUGAGACGGUGGAGGUUGAGGAUAGCGAGGGUUGA